AAGACAGAGCGCUAUAUAUGUAGCUCGAUUUUCCCGACAACACUUAAAUGCAGCGCAUCACGUGUACCUGUGGAGAUUCACGUGUACCUAUGGAGAGUGACUGAUGUAAAGGUCGUUAGCAGUUUCUGAAGCUCAGAUUUCCCAUUUGUCAUUGUGCUUUAAUCUGUGAAAUGAGACCGUGAUGUUAUGAGAACAAGAGCCUGUCUUUAUGCAUUGAAAUCCUAAAUCAUCCAGCAUCUCAAUUAUCAUUUAACCAGCAAACCCUCUCAACAACAUCUACCUGCUCAACUUUUCCUAAGUGCUCUAAUCACCUGUGAGAAGCAUUAGUACGUUUAGUUUGUUUUCAAACUCCAGAGCGCCUUCUUUCUCCAAUGAUGAGAACAGACAGCAAAGGCCGAAGUGCCUCCCCCCACAGGAUAACCUACAAAUCUGACUUCCAUUCCAUCAAGUGUUCAUUCAAUGCCUGUACCAUUCUACAGCAAGAAACUAAAGGUGCUGCAGCUGCUCCCAAUGCACACUGCACAAAUAGGCCAACCAGCAUGUCAGAUCCUAUAAUGUGCCACACCAGCACUGGGAGCACAGGAAGGCUCCACAGCACCAGGGGGACCAAGAUCAGAGACAACAUUUUCCUCAAAAUGGACAGCAAUCAUCUGAGGCAAGACGGUGGGUCACAGCUAAGUACUGGCUCCACACCAGCGUUCUCUCCACAAAACCCUGGCCUACAGCUGCACUUUUCACCGUUUGCAUGUUCGAGACGUUUGAUAUUAAGUUCUUCUUCAUCCGUUUUGAGCACUGUGGCUGACAAUUCUGCAUCCGAAUGCUCAGUGCAGGAGAAAGCUACCAAAGGAGAUGAGAUGAUGAAUAUUGACAGAGCUGCCCUGGCUCAGAAGUUCUCAGUUACCCGUAGGUUGUUUGAAGCCAAAGGGAUGGAGAUCGGAGGUCUUUUCAAACCUGUAACAGGCAGAGGAGGUAAGGGCAGGACCGACGGAAAAGUAGGAGAAGAAGAAAAUGAGGAACGAAAAGAAGAGGAGCCAGGUGUGUCUAGAAAGCAGGAUUGCUUUGAUAAAGAGAAAUCUAUUAGCCUUCCAGUUAUAAAUUUUUCCCUGACUAAACCUCCUGCAUUCACAACAAUGAAGAGUCACCGUAGCUCCCCUGAAUUGCACGACCAUGGGGAAACACCAGCAGACAACUCUUCUCGAUCCUAUCUCGACAAUUAUUGUGAAACCAGCGGAAAUCAGGCGGAGGAGAGGGGGCCAGGAAGCACCAAUCUUGACCUCUGCUUGACUCCAGAGCCAGUGAGAGCAGAACUGGUCCAUGUUAACACAGAGUCAUCAGAAAGUGAUGGGAACGAAGAGGAAAUUGAGCAGAAAAAAGUCACAAAAUCCCAGAUGGACGAGCAGGAGGAGGGUGUGGAGAUGUUGGUGGACGAUGUCUUUGAAGACUCAGAUUUAGAACCAGCAACUGGACACUGUAUGCUGGAAAGAACAGAGGAAAGCACUGCCUCAGAAGAGCAUUGGAGACUGUUACCCACCAGCGUGCUUUGUCAAGAGCAGACAGAAGGUGGCGGAGAUAGCAGAGAAGACAAGUAUGAGCAGGUGGCUGAACAAUGGGAGGGUGAAAGGGAGGAGAGGAAGGUAGAGUACAUUUCACAAGCCUGGAAGACGUCAACAGACAAUGUUUACACGGACGUGGACGAUGCUGCAGGGAACGAAGGGAGCGGCCUAAUGGAAGGAGAGGGGAAAAGCAUUGGUAAGGUGAAUGAUGAAGGACGUAGUGAUAGGAAAGAGGACACUGGAUGUGACACGAAGGACAAGACAGAAGCUGCAGAAAUCUUUGACAAAGAGAAGGAGGAUUCAGUGUGGGAUCAGUGUCCAGCAGAAAGUUCAACACCACCAAAACCAGACUCUGUGAAAGCAGGAAGCCUGGACUAUGAAGAAAUCCCUGGUAUUCCUGUGCAGGAUGAUGAGGAUGGCUCUGGAAUGAGGAAGGUCACAUUUUCUAACGCACCCAUCAAGGUGUACACCACUUAUUCCAAUGCAGAGUACGACAGACAGAAUGAGGACAUCGACCCGGUCUCAGCCUCUGCUGAAUACGAGCUGGAAAAGAGACUGGACAAGAUGGUCAUCUUUCCAGUGGAGAUAGAAAAGGGUAAAGACGGUCUGGGCAUCAGCAUCAUUGGAAUGGGUGUUGGAGCCGACCAGGGACUGGAGAAACUGGGGAUCUUUGUCAAGAUGGUAAAUGAAGGAGGGCCAACGCAGAAGGAUGGAAGGAUAAAAGUGAACGACCAGAUAGUGGAGGUGGAUGGAAUGAGUUUGGUCGGAGUCUCCCAGCUGUUUGCAGCCACUGUGCUCAAGAACACAUCAGGCCUGGUCAAGUUCCUCAUUGGUCGUGAAAAAGACGGGGUGGAGAGUGAGGUGGCACGACUGAUCAAUGAAAGCCUGGAAAUGGAGAAAUCCUCCAUGGAGAGAGACGCAGCAGAGAGACAUGAGGAGAAUGAUGGAAGUGGCUCUGAAAGGGGCUCGGUCACAGAGGAAGAGGAGGAGGAUGACCAAGAGGAUGAUGUGUCAGUACUUUCAAGUCUUGACAAUCAAGAACUCUGCCUUAAGUAUGAGCAGCUACAGUUGAAACUACGAAAUAAAACAGCCCAGCUUCAUCACACCAGAGAUAAGUUAAAGGCAUGUGAGGAGCAGCAGGCCACUUGGGAGAAUCAGAAGACCGAGCUGGUGCAGAGAGCAGAAGACGCAGAGGACAAAGCUGAAAAACUAGAGAAGUAUUGGCAGGAGGCCCAGACGCUGUGCAGGGUGGUGAGCCAGCGACUGGCCGAUGCCCAGAGCCAGUCUGAAAGCCUUGAGAUUAAAUACAGUAAAGCCAAGAGACUGGUCAGAGAAUACCAGAGCAGGGAGGAAGAGAGGGAGAAAAAAGAAUCGGACCUGAGGAGAGAGAUGGAGGAGAGAGAUAAGCAGCACAGAGACACAGUUGAAAGGCUGCGGUUGCAGAUAGCACAGCUGGAGAAGAAGGAGCCUUUAAUGGAAAGGAAGAACCACUGUGUGAAGUCUUCACUCAUGAGUCCAGACUGGCACAUCCCUGUCCCAGACACGGACCGUUUGGACUCCAGUGCUCACAAAGCCAGAGCUCAGCUGGCCCAAAAAUCUAAGCGCCAUCCACCGUCCCGAGACAAACUGCGAGAAAGUUUUAGAAAACAGGAGGAGAUGCAGAAACACCAGGAGAGUCAGCCGCUGCCCGCUUCUACACUGGUACAGAGGAGCAGCAGGAGCGACUUGUCCAGUACCUCCUCCUGCUCUGCCCUCAGUUCUCUCCCUCCCCCAAGCUUGGUCUUCACUCCUCCCAUUUAUAUCACCGAUGUGACACUAUCUCCAAGCAAAUCCUCAUCGUCCAGGAAGUCCAAAAAAAGGUUCCCAGACUUCAGUGGUCUUCGGAAGUCUCUCAGCAAACGGAAAAGUGAGAAACACAGCAGGAGGUCGUUUAACAGCCGUGGGUCGUGUGGGGACCUGCAGGCUGACAACACUGGAGUGUCGCCGUCAGACUCGGUCACCUCCAUGCCCUCCUGCCUGCCCUUUCCCUGGUUUGGAGAGAAAGGCAGGGAGAAGGAAGAGGAGGGCAAAGAGAGAGGCAGGAUAUUUCUCCGGUCGGUGUCCAGCAGCAGUUUGCCCUACAUGACCACCACAGGCAGAAGAGACCAGAGUGUGGGCUCCUCAGUGGGCAGCUGCAGCAGGGUGGGAUACUCCUCUGAUCACUCCCUCUCUGGACACUCUCACACUUUCACCUUUUCCUCCACUGAGACGCUGGACGACGACCCGGUUCCCAGCAAUAACAACAACCUGUGGCAGAGUCGACCGGUGUUGGAGUGGGACAGUCAGCAGGUCUGUCUGUGGUUAACAGCCCUGAACAUGGAACAGUACAUGUCUGAGUUCGCCACCAGAGGAGUGGACGGUACACAGCUGCUCAACAUGGACACUGACAAACUCAAGGCCCUGGGUGUGUGCAAUCAAAGCGACCGCUCUGUACUCAAGAAAAAGCUGAAGGAGAUGAAGAAGAGGGAGGAUAAGGAGCAGAGGAAAAUGGAGAAGAGGCAGAAGGAGGAGAAACCCAAAGACAAGGACACGGUUUCAGACAAAGAGAAUGAUGGCAAAGAUAAAGCGAAGGCCGCGAUGGACGCUGCAGUGAAAGACAUGAGAUGCGGUGUAAAAACGGUGAGAACUGAGUCACUACUAUGAAUGAGGAUGCACUACCAGCAGGGGACGUGUUUUUACUCUGACCAUUUUUCUGUUUAAUGGGAAUGGAACAGUGGUUUUCAAUGAUUCAAUGAUGAAUUACCCGGUGACACUAAAUCCUCUCAGAGCAAUUAGGUGUUUGUUUGUUUUUUAUCAGUGUAGAAAUUUCAGUUUUAAUGUUUUUAUUAACUUUAUAUUAUCUUCAGAUAAUCUUAAUAUUUAACAAUGUGCUGAUUUUAAAGCACUCGGGUAUUUGUGUAAAUGUUUUUUAUGUAAUAAAUAAUGAUCUUAAA